AACCGCCAGAUCAACCUGGAACUCUACGCCUCCUACGUCUACCUGUCCAUGUCUUACUACUUUGACCGAAAUGAUGUGGCUUUGAAGAACUUUGCCAAAUAUUUUCUUCACCAAUCUCAUGAGAAAAGGGAACAUGCAGAGAAACUGAUGAAGCUGCAGAACCACCGAGGUGGCGGCAUCUUCCUGCAGGAUAUCAAGAAACCUGACCAUGAUGACUGGGAAAAUGGGCUGAAUGCAAUGGAAUGUGCAUUGCACUUGGAAAAAAGUGUGAGUCAGUCACUACUGGAACUACACAAACUGGCCACUGACAAAAAUGACCCCCAUUUGUGUGACUUCAUUGAGACUCAUAACCUGAAGGAGCAGGUGAAAUCCAUCAAGGAAUUGGGUGACCAUGUCACCAACUGGUGCAAGAAGGGAGCCCCUGAAUCUGGCAUGGCGGAGUAA